GAGGCCAGUGUAGUGUUGUGCGAGAGUUCGUGUCAAAAACUGUUUGUGGCUGUGGUGGUUGGACAGCUGCAGUGAGUUUGCAGCUGUGUUUGAGUUCGUGCAGCUGUGUCGGGAUACUUGCAAACUACCGGAAGUGACAACACCUGUUACUCGGACUGUCAUAUUUUUUACUGAGAUUUGAACGGCCGCAGAUCGAGGAAGAGGGAGAAAGAGAGGAAGAGAUAAGGAGAAAGACGAGAGAAGAGUGACGACCAGGUGGCCAUGGCUUCGGAACCCACUUCGCCCACGAGCCCUACAACCCCCACAAGCCCCACAGACGACCACGAGGCGACGAAAGAAUGGCUUGAGACGAUCCUCGAGGGCUACCACAGAUCCAAGAACGCCGAGGCUGACCUUGAUCUCGAGCUGCGCGAAUGGACAAUCAACCCGGCUUCGGCAGACAAGGAGGGCUUCCUCUCUGAACAACUGUCCAUGACCGUGAACUACGUGGCCGAAGGGGAGGAACACCACGCCCACCUGCUGGCGAAGCUCCUCCCACAGGAUCCUUUUAACAGGGCCUUCGUCAUCGAGACGCUUUUUGAUGUGAGGGAGAUCAAGUUUUAUACCGAGAUCAAACCUGAACUGGAGGAGGUCGAAAGAAAAUACCUGACGGAGGACUUCCUCAGUUCCUCCUGGGCUCCUAAACUGUACUAUGCCAAGCACAAGCAAGCCUCAGAGUCCAUACUCGUUCUGGAGGAUAUGUGCCAGCAUGGAUACCAGGUGGAGGACUUAACCAAAGGCCUUAGUCAGGAUCAGAUCAAAUCCGCCAUCACUGCCCUGGCCAACGUCCAUGCAGCGGCGGUGGCCCUCGAGGUGAAGGAGAAGAAGCCCUUGAAGGAGCGCUACCCCUACCUCCUCUCGAUGGAACAGGCCGUGGAGUCCUUCACGUGCCUCGUCGAUAGAGGUCUUCCCCUGCUCCUGAAGUUCCUCGAGUCGCGGAAGGACUACGCAGCGGUGCGCGAAGGGCUUCAGAAGUACCAAGGACAGAAAAUGGCGGCUGAUGUCUUUCGUAAGGUCUUGACGCCGUCAGAAAAAAUCAAUACUUUGGUUCACUGUGACUACUGGUGCAACAACCUCCUCUUCAAGAACGGCGAGGAGCGCACAGACUGCUGCAUAAUCGACUGGCAAAUGGUCACGUACGGAAGGCCAGCCAUAGACUUGGCCUUUUUGAUAAGCACGUCUUUGGAAACGGGCGAGCGACGCAAACAUUGCCCAGACCUUCUGUCUCAUUACUGGGAGGCUUUCACCUCGAGGCUCUCCAAGUACGGCAUAGGAAAGGAAAGCCACAAGUACAGCAGGGAAGACUUGGAGGCAGAUUUCAAGGCGGCGCAGACGAUGGCAGGCUUGGUCGUGGUUGGGAGUGUGGACAUUGCCCUCGGGUUCCCGGCCCGAGAGGAAAGGGUGCUGGAGCUCCUGGCGGACCUGCUGAAGGUCGGCAUUCUAUGAAACACCUGAAGAAAAGAACAUGCAGCUGAUAUUUGUAAAUAGCAGUGUUAAUGAUGAUAUUAGAAAUGAAAAUCGUGGAGAAAAUCUUUAAAUGAAGUAUCGAGCUUAAUGCAACAAUAACGUCUCAUAUAUAUACCUGGGCAGAAACAUAGAGGUGAUUUUGAUGUAUAUCUAUUUUAUAAUUUAUGGAUUAUCUGUGAACAGUACUUUUCUAUGAAAAAGAGAAAUGUUACACAUUAAUUGUGUUAGAUCAUAAUUAGGCUAGAAAUCCGAAAGAUAUAUUAAUUAUAACUGUCUGUAGCCCAUGGUAGUGCCUUGGUAUAGGGUACCGCUAAUUGGAGUAACCCCUUGGGCAGAUAAUGCUAAUUGGCAUGAAAGUUAUCGAUUUGUUUCCUCAUUUAUUAGAUAUAAGGUCAAGUGCUAGCUUCGUAGUGCACCACCAGCUGGUCUGGCCCCAGGACCACCUCUGACUCUCCUUCUGUUUGCCCUUCCUCUCCGACCCAUUCCAGAAGACGAUAAGACACUCAGAGAACGGCGUUUAUCAUAGACUAUUUUUUUUAAAUUAUUAUUUUUUUUAUUAUUGCUCUGGCGUUGAAAUUCAACCUGAUGCAUUAUCAUUGCUAUUCCCGGUACCCAUUUCUCAAAAGUGUCUGCUAGUUAACUAUCUCCUCACAGACCGCAGCUUAACCCAAAGCAGACCACUUCUUGACCCUGCAACCAACCCCAUGCUGUUAGAGACAGACUGCAAGACUUCAAAUUCGCCAUUAUUCAACUGAAUGAGUGGAAACCCUCAAUGUAAACACACCCAUGUUGUUAUUGUAAGAUGCAAGAUGUCAGUAUUGCUAUCAACGGCGACUUCACUAGAUUACGCUGAUUCAAUUGUUUGUAGGUGCUUUGAAAUCUGUGAAGAAAAUGGAUUUGUCCAGAUAACCAACACACGACCCAUGUUAUAUCAGUUCCAGUAUAACUCAGACAACACAGUAAAUGCUAGAUAAAGCAACAUAGGUUCGUAGCUAAAGGGAUAUAUUAUUUUACACUUUGUGGAAGUAGUAAUGAGUGAGACAAAGAUCUUGCUAAAAAUAUAAUAAACCAGAAUAAUAUCUCCUUUGGAAGGGCAGCUCACUAUGUAGUAUUGUUAUACGAAAGGGUUGACCGUUAACUGAGUAGACAUUCCAAUUAUUUACUUUUCUAUUUACUGAGAAGCAUGUUGUGAAAUCAUGGCUCCUUAGUCUGUUGUGUAAGUACAUUUUAUUACCAAUCAAAUGACGGCUAAAUGUGCUUUAUCAUCACAGCAUCUCGCGCUACAGGUUAUCAUUAUGAGUAAUAAUUAAUUGAUAUUACGAAGCAGGUGGAGUUGGAUAUAUAUAUAUUUUCUUGUUAACUGCAGUUAACUAUUUCAGAAUCUUAUUUUUGUGUGUGUGAGUUUUUGCAGGUCUUAAUGUGUACUUGUUACCUUUUUUAUUUUAUUUUUUAUUUUCUUAUUUUUUUUUUUUAGAAUGACUUUUCUUUUAUUUUUUUAUGCAUAAAGCUUACAUGUAAAUGCUUACAUAUAUAUUAUGCAUACUUACAUAAAUAGAUAAGUUUGAAGAUUCCCACUGAUAUAUUACGCAGACAUACACAUACACGGACACGCAUAUGCACACACGCGCACAUAAAACACACACACGCUCGCGCGCGCGCACGAAAUAUAUGUCUCCUUUCUUUUAUUUCAUUCAUCUUAAAAACUUCUGACAUUUUGCAUAAUAAGUAAGAACAUUGUGAUUGUCAUUAUUUUUAAGAAAUUGUUGACAUUUCUGUAACCAUAUAUUAAUGAAGUUGAUUUUAAAAAAGCGUAA